CCUUGAAUUAUUUUUUUUACAGAUUUAUUUGGAAUGAAAAUUGACCAAUGAAGUAGCUAACAAAUAAACAAUUAUUCCAAUUUAGGUACUAGCUAAUCUCCUAAUCAUUUACCAAUCAUUUAUUUCAAUUUAGCAUUGAGCAUUUAGCUACCAAAUACCCAAUCAAACCAAUUGAAGAUGAAUUUUUGUCUAUCUCAAAUGCAGACUAGGCUUCAUUGUGAGUCUCCAUCAGCUGAUGAGUAUAAUCUUGAAAACUUGAUACACAAUCAAGCAUCAAUACGCUCAAAGGGAUUCUUGACAGAGGGAUUUGUACGACCUCCUGUAAACAUAGACUUCAUUUUCAAAGUACCUGUUGAUGUAUUCCAUAUAUUUUUUGAUACCAAAGUCUUCUAUAAACAAUGUUGCGCCUUUGCUGUGUUUAUGAACUGUCAUCCCAGAGAUGAAGCCAGUUUUGUCAAAGUUGGCUGGUACAACACAAACAAUGAAGAAUGCAUUCACCUCACCAGUGCCCACUGUGAUAAGUGGCACCAAUAUCCAGCAGGUAGAAAGAGAUGGAGAUUGUCACAGACAGUCUCAGUAUUUGAAGGGAGGCUCAGGAGUCCAGACAGAAGAGAUCUGAAGAAUGUAAGAUGCCUGAGGAUUCGUCUGUUGAGAAACGUCAGCACAGGAGGAUCAGGACUAAGAAAUGUAGAAGUGUGGGGGCAAGUUGGGGACCUGGCAUCAUUGGCUGAAAAACAGGCACUUCUUAAUUGUUGGCAAGUUCAUCUAAAGUCACAACUGCCAAAUGAGCUGAAACUGGCUCCAAGUUCUGACUUGCUGCAGCACUCUACCUCUUCUUCUAUAAGCAAUGGUCCCUUUACCACAAAAAAUAUUGAUGACGAUGACAUUCCUGAAGAGUUCCUGGACCCAAUCACUUGUGAGGUGAUGGUUACUCCAAUGCUCCUUCCAUCAGGGCACUCCGUGGACAUAAGCACACUUGACAAAUUCAAUGCCGCUGAGAUGUGCUACAAUCGGCCUCCCUCUAACCCGUUUACGGGCAUAGCUUACACGAGUGACAGGAAGCCUAUACCAAAUGUUGGCCUCAAAACCAGGAUUGACAGAUUCAUGACCUUGCAUCACUGCUCAUCAGCUGGUGGCUGCAUCUCUUUGACAAAGAAGUCAACUGCAACAUCUGGGAGCGCGAGAAAUAAUUUCUCAGUUGCAUCUGCUUCUGGUGAUACGGAGCAGGCUACCAACGCUGGCCUUGUUACAUUGACUGGUCAAAAGCGACAACGCUCCUUCGAGAGUGAAGAUGGACCGUCAUUGAAAAGCUUAAGUUCAACAAAACGUGCUUGUAGUUCGGUCCUGUCGACUCCUGCUAACACGAACAGUAACAACGGAGGGCAUCAAGGUUUGCCUCGCUUGGUGUCCCGGCCAUCAAGUUGUGUAACUGUAAAGAAAUAUCUUUCUACAACUUCAGAGUCUUACGUCUCGAAUCCUUGUAAUUCAAAUCGUGGCGUAGUUCCUAUAACUCGAGGACUUUUGAAUGUGAAGCCAGCAAAAUUGAUCCGAGGAGACGGCUUAAAACCAGAAUUCACUGAUUUCAGCAGCGAACGUCUGUUGCAAGGCUCGGACGAGUGUGCCAAGUGCCUGUCUCGGGGGCAUCAACUCUACAUUUUAUCGCCAUGCGAGCAUCUGAUGUGCAGGAGCUGUCUGACUGGUACGGAAGCGGGUCGUGAUGUAAUAUGUAGUCAAUGUGAGACAGCCGUCCCUAAGUCGCAAAUAAGCAAAUAUUACAGCCAGAGCGCUUUUGCAUCUUGAAACUUUUCGUGUUAAGGUGCUGAUGUAUUCGUCAAAUCGAUCAUAAUGUGACUACUUUGUACUUGUGGUACUAAUUGUUAACGUUAAGAAAUAUUCAACUAUUUUUUCAAUAAAACAGGUAUUUAU